GUUUCUUUAAUGUUGCUCACAAGACGCAGAUGUUUCUUACAUGAUUUGUAAUUCGAAAUCCAAGGUUGUGUGUCAGUUUCAUGUAUUUGAUAGGAUCAGUAACUGACUAGACUGGAACUUAUGAACCCCCUGCAGUCAUGCUUCUCUCCAUCUUCAUUCGAGAGUCCCUGUGUUACCCCAAGAACUCCUUCCUACUGACAUCCACACACAGCUGUAUCAGGGGCCUACAAGUCCAAAGGGCCAAGGGCAUCCACAGUUACUGCCAGUGGUUCCUUUGUCGCCGGGUCCCCUCACGCCUAAACAUCCAAAAACGGGGGGUCAAGAGCCGUAAGAGCCAGACCAGGAGUCAGGAGGAUGACUGGCGGAAGAGGAAUAAGACAGUCCUGACAUAUAUAGCUGCUGCGGGGGUGGGGAUGAUAGGCUUGUCCUACGCUGCUGUGCCUCUCUACCGACUCUACUGUCAGGCAUCUGGUCUGGGUGGCACGGCAGUGGCCGGUCACAAUGCAGAGCAGGUGGAGACGAUGGCACCGGUGAAGGACCGGGUCCUCAAGAUCACCUUCAAUGCAGAUACACAUGCCAGCAUUCAGUGGAACUUCCGCCCGCAGCAGUCUGAGAUAUACGUGGUUCCAGGAGAAACGGCCCUGGCCUUCUACAGAGCCAAGAACCCGACAGAUAAGCCUGUAAUUGGGAUCUCCACCUACAACGUAGUGCCCUUUGAGGCCGGACAGUACUUCAACAAGAUACAGUGUUUCUGUUUUGAGGAGCAGCGGUUAAAUCCUAAAGAAGAAGUCGACAUGCCUGUGUUCUUCUACAUCGACCCAGAGUUUGACGAAGAUCCACGUAUGGCCAGAGUUGACACCAUCACCCUCUCAUACACCUUCUUCGAGGCCAAGGAGGGACAGAAACUACCACUUCCUGGAUACAGUCUGACUUCGCAACACAGCUAAAACUGAGUGUGCCAUUUUAAAGACUAUUCACUGUACUGUAAGUCUGAUAUGUAAAGCAGGCGUCCAUGUAUUGGACCUUGUGCUAUAAGACACAUUUCUUCACUUCAGAAAGUGCUUCAGAAAAGCUAAUCUUUUAUGGGUUAUGAUUGCUCUAUUAUCAAUCAUUAUUUAAUGAUAGAAUGUAUAGAUAACAAAACAUUGUACAGAGAAUAUGUUCUGCUGUUUCUUUUGUGAAAAUUAUUUGAUGUGUGCUUUCGGUAUGGAAUCCUGGAAGGUGAAACUGCUAACUCCUUUUGGAAUAUUACAAUUAAAUUACAACAAUCAACAAACCCAGCUUUUCACCCGCUCUGACAUCAUUGGAUGAGUGAUAGAACAGCUAAAUUUAUAAUUACAUUUUUGACACACCAGAAAACUACGCUGCUGGACGCACUUCACCAUGGUUUAAUUGAAACAACAGAGUGCUGAAGCAGACAGUGGCACUGUUUCCCCUAAUGUGGAUUCCGUCUUUAAAGAGGAACAUCACUCAUUUCAAAUGGCCACGCUCCUUAAAAAACACAAUGUUCUCAAGAAGUAAUCUCACCUUUUCUUACAAUGACUGCAACCUGUCUCAAAAUCACCAACAAUCACAAACAAAAUACGUUUCAGGUGUUCAGCUAGUCAUUUGGGAGGUGAAUGCAUUGCCUGGUCCGUUUCUGUACAAUUAAAUCUGUUUCGUCUUCCAAAGAUUGGUUUGCAAGGUGCGGUUUUUCAGAUGGGAGGAAAUGUCAUGUCUGUUAGAUGAUCCUGUGACUUGUUCUUCAAGAAGACUACAGUGUUCUAGAAUAAAAUACAUUAUGGUCAAUGAAGACUACAGUGUUCUAGAAUAAAAUACAUUAUGGUCAAUGAAGACUACAGUGUUCUAGAAUCAAAUAAAUGAUGGUCAAUGAAGACUACUGUGUUCUAGAUUCAAAUAAAUGAUGGUCAAUGAA